UUAAAUUAUAAAUUGAGUUUUAAAAACUAAUUAUCGCCGCGACUUCAUAUAAUGUAUAUUUAUUUAGUCUUCGCUACCUAUACUUUUAUUUUAUGAGAUUCUCAUUAAAACUGGCGAGAUGCGAAACCCAGUGGAAACUGUAAUUUUUCCAUAUUAUUAAUUAUAACCAACCAUUUUCAGGUAGAUCCCACCGACCAGCUGUCUUUAUUUUUUACUCUAUCUGACGACACUGUUAUCAUCUAAUUCCACGUUUUUGAAAGAUAAACAAACGAUGUCUGGCGGGCAAGCUCUCCGUCUCAGCCGUUUGGUGCGGGCUGCUGCUGCAGUUAUCGGUAGCCGCUACCUUCGACCAGGCCAACUGCAGCUCCACCGCCGCCUGGCUCUCUUAGCUGGUGGAGGACUAGCGGCCACCCUUGCCUUCCCUUCCGUGUUAGCUGCCUCUAAGCCUGACUGGAUGGCAGAGCCGAUCAGCGGCUAUGAAGGCGUUAAGGGCAAUGAUAUCAAGGCUCGAAUGGAGGCGAUGAUCAUGCAAGUGCAAGCUGACUUUUGCCGAGCCCUUGAGCAGGAGGAGGCUGACGGCUCUGUCGGUUCUGAGCCAACCAAAUUUAAGGUGGACAGAUGGAUUCGUAAAGAGGGCGGAGGUGGAAUUACCUGUGUAAUGCAAGAGGGAGAAGUAUUUGAAAAAGCUGGGGUCAACAUUUCUGUUGUCCACGGGCAUCUUCCUCCCGCAGCUGUGGCCCAGAUGAGGGCCAGAGGGAAGCAAAUGGGCGAAGGCGCGUUGCCUUUUACAGCCCUUGGCAUCAGCUCUGUCAUUCACCCGAGAAACCCGAUGAUCCCCACGAUCCAUUUCAACUACCGAUAUUUUGAGGUGCAAGAACCAAAUGGUGAUUGCCAGUGGUGGUUUGGUGGAGGCACAGAUCUCACCCCCUACUACUUGGACGAGAAUGACGUCCGCCACUUCCAUGGAACUUUAAAGAAAGCUUGUGACAGACACAAUGCAAAACUGUACCCGAAAUUCAAGGCGUGGUGUGAUGACUAUUUCAACGUCACCCAUAGAGGAGAAAGAAGAGGAGUUGGAGGGAUCUUUUUUGAUGACUUUGAUGAGCCCAACCAAGAAAAAGCGUUCGAGUUUGUCACGAGUUGCGCCAAUUCUGUGGUUCCUUCAUACGUUCCACUAGUGAAAAAGCACAAAAAGGACGGCUAUGGAUACGCUGAGCGACAGUGGCAGCUUCUUAGAAGAGGUCGUUACGUUGAAUUCAACCUGAUUUACGAUCGAGGAACAAAGUUUGGUCUCUAUACUCCUGGAGCCCGAUACGAAAGCAUUUUGAUGUCUCUUCCUCUCACUGCCAGGUGGGAAUACAUGCAUGCGCCAGAACCUGGCUCAAAGGAGGCAAAGCUGACUGAAAUCCUGAAGAAUCCCAAGGACUGGGUCUAACAAAAUGGUAAACUUUGAAACAAAUUGUGAUACAAAUUUUUGUCUUUUUAAAAGGCUUGCGUACCGUAAACUGGCAUUGAGAACAAAUUUUUGUUACUUAUUCUGAUGAUUUUACUUCCUCUGCGCAAUGUACUUUACGAAAAAUCAUUAGAACUGUUUCAUCGUUUCAUCCACCUUUCAUUAAAUUCAUUUGCAAAUUACAUAUUUGCACCUUUUAUUGUUUAACUUAAUACAUUUAGUAACGUCAGAAAAGGAAUGUAUCAUUUUAAAUCUUAUAUAUUUCCAUCAUAGAGAGGGAUGAAAUUAGGUGGCACUAUCCUGUUUAUCCUUGUUUCUUCCUAUUUUUAUAAAUAAUAAAGUUUGUUUAAAAAAGUA